UUAUUUGUCAUUCAACCAUUCUACUCUGUGAUAUCAAGUUUUGUUUACUUUUUGUGUGCCACUGGUCAGUCUGACUGUAAUGUGAUUUUGCAGAACAUUAUUCUAUUUUAAUAUGAAUUCACUCAAACAUUUACGUAAAUUCACAAAAGUUCCACAUAGAAGAAGAGUUGUAGUUACAGGCUUAGGUGUAGUCUCACCGCUUGGAAGGGGAACAGAACUGGCAUGGAAGAAUCUUCUGAAGGGACAUUGUGGUAUAGUAGCACUCAAAGAUGAGGAAUAUUCCAAAUUACCGAGUAGAAUAGCAGGAAUUAUACCCAUUGAGUCCGACACUGAAAUAGCGAAGGCAUUAUCCAAAUCAAAUUUAAAAUUAAUGGCGCCAGCAACUUGUUUAGCACUCCUUGCAACAUCAGAAGCAUUGGAGGAUGCAAAUUGGUUUCCAGAUUCUGAUGAUGAAAGAGAGGUCACGGGAGUGACUCUUGGUAUGGGAAUGAUAGACUUGAAGGAUGUAUGUGAUACAAAUAAUGCUUUAAAAAUAGGAUAUAACAAAGUGAGCCCAUUUUUCGUACCAAGGAUAUUGCCGAACAUGGCAGCAGGACAUAUAAGUAUAAAAUACGGUUUUCGCGGACCCAAUCAUGCUGUUUCAACAGCAUGUGCGACUGGGGCCCACUCUAUCGGCGAUGCCUUCAGGUUUAUCAGAAAUGGUGAUGCUGAUGUCAUGGUCAGUGGUGGUGCUGAAGCUUGUAUAAGUCCUUUGGCUAUAGCUGGAUUUUGUCGACUCAGAGCCUUGAGUACUUCAUUUAAUGAUGAACCUAUGAAGGCAUCUAGACCUUUUGACAAACUUAGAGAUGGGUUUGUAAUGGGUGAAGGAGCUGCUGUUUUAGUUUUAGAAGAAUACGAACAUGCAUUAAGUAGAAAUGCAAAAAUGUAUGCUGAAAUAUUAGGAUAUGGUCUAUCAGGUGAUGCUGCUCACAUUACCACUCCAAGAGAAGAUGGCAGUGGAGCCAUUUUGUCAAUGAAUAGAGCAUUGCAAGAUGGUCUUAUAGAUUCAAACAACAUCUCAUACAUAAAUGCUCAUGCCACCUCUACACCAGUGGGGGAUGGUAUUGAAUCUACAGCUAUUAGGAAACUCUUCAAAGAAAAUAUUAAAGAAAUUAUGGUAUCUUCUACAAAAGGGGCUCAUGGGCAUUUAUUAGGUGCAGCUGGUAAUUUAGAAGCUGUGUUUACAAUACUAGCGUGUCACCAUGGAAUAGUACCUCCUACAUUGAAUUUAGAUGAACCUAUUGACAAUUUAAAUUAUGUUGCUAAGCAACUACGAGAGUGGCACAAAGAAAGGAGAAUAGCAUUAAAAAAUUCUUUUGGAUUUGGUGGUACAAAUGCAACACUUUGUAUAUCUAGUAUUUAAUUAUAAGAUUAUCGUUGCUCUCAGCUCUAAUAUAAGGAAAUAUUUCCAGAGGUUAAGUCUACAAGCAAAGUGUAUAUAUCAUGAAAUAAAAACAUACUUUAGACUUGA